GGCCUACGUGGCCAAGCUGAACGAGGGGCCGCGCUCGGCGUGGCGCAGCACCAACGCUGAGCUGUGCGAGGCCAUUCUCACCGCUCUGGACCAGCUGAAGGGCAGCGUGAGCACGCCAGCGGUUAUCGAGGAUAUGGGCACGGCUGGCCGAGCCGCCUCCCGCUUGGUCAGCAGCCUCCGCGACCAGGCCAGGGGUCUGAAUGAUCCCGACGACAGUCAGCGGUUAAUGGACAGCGCACGGCUGCUGACCGAGGCCACUGCUCGCCUGGUGGAGGCCGCCAAGCUGAACAACAAGAAUCCCGGAUCUCCGGCCAGUGAGGACACGCUGCACGAGGGCAUUGAGGAUCUGAAGGAAGCCGUCUGGGCUGCUGUCGGUGAUGAUUACCGACGGCUGCUUCUAGCCCGAUUGGAGGCGGCAGCCAGGCGGGCCUGCGCCACCUCCACACAGCUGACGGUGACAUCAUCCGCCGUGGUGGAAGACAUUGACAACGAGCACCGCAAGGAGGACCUCCAGCGGGUGUGCGGCAGCGUGGACGACGAGGUUGGAGCUCUCGGCACGGCCUUGAAGAACCUGCAGUACAACCCAGAGCGGGCGCAGGCUCAGCUGCGCUUGCUGACGACGGCGCCGGGUUUGCUGCAGCCGGGUACCGAGCUGCUUGUCCUGGCAAAGACAACGCACGCCAUCGUGCAACGCGACGACUUGGCAUCUGAUCUGCUAGCGGUACUGAAGGGUGUGGUGGUGGCGCUCGCCGAGCUGAAGGCGGCCAUCAACGCCUUCUCCGAGGCCGGCGGCCUGCUCAACUUGGACGCAGCUGUUGAAACUGUCAAUGACCUCGCUGAGCUGGUCAAUGAAGAUGUGGAGAUGAUCGCUCGUGACGACUGGCAGCGAGCAAGCAAUAAAACCCUGCAGGGGGCCACAGUGCAACUGACCGAGGAUGCACGCUCCGUGGGCGCCACUAUGGCAGGUCUUGUUGGCGCUGCGGCCAAGAGAGACGACGUAUUGACGGGCCAGGCGGCCCAGUCUGUAGCCGAAGCGCUGACAGAGUUGGUCGAGAGCAGCCGAGACGUGGCGGGAGGCUGCCCGUCGGACCGCCCUGGCCAGAAGCUUCUGCUGACGUCGGUGGUGAGUGCGCUCUCGACGUCCGUCGGACUCCUGCAGGCGGCACGGGACUCGGUGACUGGAGCGGGCGGUCAGGACGGCAACAGAAAUCUGGUGGCUGCGGCGAAAGCAGUGCAGGAAGCGCUGGCAAAUAUUCUUGGCCUGUUGCCUCACGUCCGUCGUAUGGAUGCCGAUAUUGAGCGCAUCAGCAACGCGGCAGUGGUUAGCGAUGUGGUGCGCUCGUUCCAGGAAGCGCAGAGCAACUUCAGCGACCGUGCUGCCGGCCUCAACGAGGCUGUUGCCAACCUGCUGGAGGCCGCUCGAACAGGUGACAUGAGCUUGGCCGAGGCCGCGCAGCGUCUGGCCGAUGACUUCCUGAGCAUGCUGAAUGCAGCCAAGGCAGUCGACGAUGCUGGCAAUAGCGAGAACUCCAGACUGAUGGCUCACGCGCAGGGCGUAUCGUCAGCCGCCGCCCGCUUGCUCGAGGCCAGCAAGAGGUUCAUGGUCGGAGACUUGGAUUCGAAGAGUCUCAUGUCGUCGCUGACGGAUGCUGCCAGGGACGUCACGGACACUAUGAACUCACUUCUCGGCUUGGCGCUGGCCAGUCGGCCGGGGCAGAAGGAGUGCGAAGCCGCCGAGAGGGCCGUCCAGGAUGCCAGCGGUUACCUAGCGUUGACUGGUAAGCCUCUGUCGUCCGACGACUACUUCACGUGCGAGCGUAUUGUCAAGGACAAGGCCAUGGCGCUCAACACAGCACUGACUACGAUGACAAGCAGUCUGAGGAAUGAGGAGCUAGAGCGUGUGCAAAGCGCUGCACCUCAGUUUGGCGAGGAUGUCAGUGCGGCAGUGAGAGCAGCUGCUCAGUGUGCUUUGCUGUCCUGCGGUGAGAGCCCGUUGUCCGAGCCACUGUACGCCCUGCGUGUAGCCUGCGACCGUCUGCAAGAUCCCAGGUGCGAGGGUCGUCAGUUACUUGCCCAGGCCACCGAGAUCAACAAACAGAGUGCGGCUGUCCGCAAGAUUGCACUGGGGAUGGCUGAAACGAGCAGUGUUGCGGAGGUGAAGCGCUUCUACAUGGAGUCUGCCAAGGAGACCACCGGCCUGACGGCUGCCGUCGUUCAGAGCGUGACGAAACUAGCGUCAGCGUCUACCAAUGCUAAUCGGGAAGUGUGCGCGGAGAAGUCCACCGCUCUGGUUAUGGCCGUCGAACAGCUGGUCUCGUUCUCCAUGGCGCCGCCGGGUACCCUGCCACCUACUGACGGUACCCCGAUGGAAGUGCCGGUUCUGGAUCCGGCGCGUUCACUGGUCGCGUCAUCCUCGGCGUACCUGCUGGCCGCGCGCGAUAUCUGCAAGGGCACGACGGCAAGCGAUCCCGACUGGCACGCGCUCGCACAGCACAGCCGGGACGUGUCCAACGCUCUGCAGCGCCUGCUGGAAGAUAUCGUUGACAAUGCCCCUGGCCAACGCGAGUGCGAGGAAGCGGCACAGCAGCUCCGCAAGGAGAUGCUCCACGUCGAUCAGGCGCUGGUUGGUGCCGUUAGUCACACCCUCAAGCCAAUCAAGACGUCAACGCUAGAAGCGUACCAUGAACAGACGAUGGGAGCUCUUAUCGACGUUCACGACAGAAUUGAACCUCUCGUUGCAGCUGCCAAAACUAACCCAAUAGACCUAGCACAGCGGGUUACCGUGGCCAGUCAGCCAUUCGCCAAGCUGUCGUCCGACAUCGUGGGCGCCGCCAGCAACAUCGUCGAUCACAACUCCCAGGUGACGGUGCUGAAGUGCUGCAAGUCCCUGAUGGAGUCCAUGCUGCAGCUGGUCAACAGCGCCAAGGAAGCUGGUGGCAACCCCGAGGCCACGCAGACACACGCAUCACUGGCGUCGGCCGCCAACGCCACGCGCUCCUCCAUUCAGCGCCUAUCUGCCGAGAUGGAGAGUGCGUCCAGCUCGUCAGGAGCAUUGACCAGUAUGGUAGAAGGCGUUGAGGACGCCAUGAUGAUGGUACGUACGCCGUGCUCCUCGCAACAGUGGCUUGUCAUGACGGCUUCUAGCCCUUCCUGCUGACGAGAUCGUCGUUGUUGUUCUAGCGUCUUUGGGAAAGUACUUUGAAAACAGGUUCAUGCCUUUGGA